UUCUAUGAAUAUACUCGAAUAAGCAAGAUAGUAAGUUUCUUUUGAUGUGGAUUCUGUGACUCCAUUACUAUACGGAUCUAAAGAAUAAGCCGAGUAAUUUUUAGCCAUAUUUAGACAUAUUAAAUAAUUCUUGGAGAAAUGCAAGAAUAUUCCAGAGGUACAGACUAGCCCUGAUUAUUAUAAUUGGAAUAGAGGAAUUCAAUUUCUUAGUAAAGGUGAUUAGGCUCUUGCUUUCCAAAAAUUACUUGAUUUCAAAUUAGAUGAGAUUCCUCUAUAUUUAGGUACUAUAAUUUAUUCCGCUACUACCAAUUAUUAUGGUGUAUACUUCGGAAUGGUUGUACCUGCAAUCAAAGUAUUGGGAACAGACGAAUAAAUAAAUGCGUAAUGAAUGUUUUUGAAAAUUUAGUUGGUACACAGAUUGCCUCAAUUUAAAAAUUGCAGGUUGUUAUGCUUAGACUGAAUUGGCACAUGGUUCGGACGUCUAAAGUCUCCAAACAACAGCUACAUAUGAUCAAAAAACAGAUGAAUUCAUAAUUCAUACACCUUCCGUGGAGGCAGUAAAAUGUAUUAUAUUAAGAAUUAUAUUAGUCUGGCCAGGAGAAUUGGGGUUCUUGGCAAAUUGGGCAUUAGUGUAUGCAAAGUUAAUAGUAAAUAACAAAUCACACGGAGUGCAAGCCUUCAUGGUCCCUAUCAGAGACCUUAAUACUCAUAAGCCAUUGCCAGGAAUAGAAGUAGGAGACAUUGGCCCUAAAAUUGGAUAUACAUCUAAAGACAAUGGUUAUCUGAAAUUUACUCAUUGCAGAAUACCUAGUUUCAAUAUGUUGGCCAAGUACAUCAAGGUGACAAGAGAUGGAUAAGUGAUUAGACAAGGUGAUCCUAAGGUCUCUUAUUCAGCUAUGAUGAUAAUGAGAAAAUUAAUUAUCACUGUCUAUCCAAGGACAGCAGCAACAUCAUUAACAAUAGCUAUCAGAUACUCAAUUGCUAGACAAUAAUUUACAAAUGAUUAAGGCUAAGAGAAUUCAGUAUUGGAAUACUAAACCUAGCAACAUAAACUAUUACCUUUAUUAGCUAAUCUUUAUUCAAUAAUAUUUACAGGAUUGAAAGUAGGUUAAUUGGUUGAUCUUAAUUUCAGUCAGGUUCAAAAAUAAGAUUUUUCUUUAAUGGCUAUCUGUCAUGCAAUCAUUUGUGGAACCAAAGCAAAUUUUACAUAUUUUGUUUCAAAUUGUGCAGAAUGGUGCAGAUUAUCUUGUGGUGGACAUGGUUAUGCCCAUUAUUCUGGAUUACCAGCCAUUUAUUAGGAUAAUUGUCCUAAUAUUACAUUGGAAGGUGAAAACUAAAUAAUGUACUUAUAAUUAGCUAGAUUUUUACUAAAAUUAUAUAAUCAAGCUAAAUAAGCAUCAAAGAAAAUCAACGAAACAUAUUUUGGAUUAUUUAAUAGAGUAAUUUUGUCACUUUAUUAUAUUUUAGCUUUAAGCCAUCUCAGAUUAUAGAUGCACUUAAUUUACUAGGGAAUAAAUUCUGUAAUUAUUAGAAUCCAAUGUUAUCCAUUCAAUUCAAAUAACAAAUGAUAAAAUGAUGGCUCACAUUAAUAAUGGAUUAGAUCCUAAAUCAGUGUGGGAUUACAAAAUCGGAACUGAUCUUUGGAGUUCUGCCAAUAAUUUCAUAGAAUAUUAUAAAUAUCUUAGUUUCUUAUAAACUAUUGAAUAGGCUGAUAAUAACAACACAAAAAGAGUGUUGAGAGAUUUAGCUGAUCUUUUUGCCGCUAGCAUUUUAUUAGAAGGAUCAAGCGUGUUAAUAGAAACAGGUGUUAUUAAUGUGGAAUCUAUCAAAUUAAUAAGAGAGUUUUAUACCUAACAAUUGACAAUCAUUAAGCCUGAAGUAUUUUCUCAAUUAUAUCUAGGCUAUUGGCUUAGUUGAGGCCUUUAGGUAUAAUGAUGCCUCUUUGAGAAGCACCAUUGGCUGCUCUGAUGGAUAGCCAUAUGAAAAAACAUAUCAUUCAGCUAUUAAUGAGAAUACAUUAAACAAAACUGACUUCAAACCAAUUGUCAAUCAGCUCAAAAAUAUCAAAGCCAGAUUGUGA